AUGUCCCGACCUCACGCCGACCACCACGAAGAUGACGACGCCGACGAGGACCCGGCGACCCCUCUACUUCUGCUGCCCUCCCUCGCAAUCCGCAGAACGCUGUCGACGGCGAUCAUCAUCCUCUUCUUCUCCGUCAUUCUCUACGAAGCCGUACUCGCCCCAUCCGAGAUCGACAAGGAACACGUCAAGGGCUUCGGUUGGACGAACUAUCAGAGCGUAUACGUCGGCUCGCAUGAUUCGGACGCGAGCGAUGGAUCGCAUACGAGUGCAAAAACCACUACAGAGAAAGAGCAGGUCGAGACGAGUUCGAAAAGUAGCGAACAGACGCAGCAGAGCGUGGGCACGUUCUCGCAGCUCAAAGCCAACACGGUCGAAACGAUGAGGAAGCAGGGCCAGCUCUCGAGUUAUACCUGGCACCAGGUCAUUGACAAUUGGAACACGUCGAUCGUCAAUGCCGAAACUGCAGCGAUGACCACGACGGGGCCGGGCAGAUUGAUCAUCGUUGGUCAGUCGGGUCACCAGAACUUGUCUCGUUCUCACGAUCAUCUGACCCGUGCUUCUUCACAGGCGACAUUCAUGGAACCCAUCGCUCCCUCGCCUCGCUCCUCGUCUCUGUCGCCUUCACCCCCACAGUCGAUACCCUCCUCCACGUCGGCGACAUAGUAUCCAAAGCACCCCUCGAGUCCUCCCUAGCGGCGGUGCAGUUCCUUCGACAGCACAACGUGCGCGGCGUAAGAGGUAACCAUGAUCAGGGGGUCAUCGAAUGGAGGAAUUGGAUGGAGAGCUAUGGGGAGCUUGUACAGACUUCCGAGGGAGACGUUGUUACGGAAGAGGCAAAGACGGUGACAGAGGUGGGCGAGUUGGGGCAUGGGGUAGCGCUUGGGGAUGAUCCGCUUGAGGAGAGGAGACCGCGGGCAGGGAAAAGGGGCUGGUUUGGCUUGGGGUCUUCGAUGGCCGACGAGCAAAAGACAGCAGAGGGAAAGGAGGAGGAAGCGCAAGAGAUAGCAGAAGACAAGAAAUCGGCUCAAUUCGCCGAUUUGGAGGAGCAAGGCGCCGAAGCCAUCUCAGGGAGCGCCGAAUCGGACACACCUCUCAGUGCACCCGCAAGCUUCGUCUCCGGCGACCUCCUCGGCCACGGCUACGAAUGGUUGAAGCUCUCGCAAAAGCAAGUCGAGAAUGACCUUGGCGUCGUCAUUCCCAAUGGAUGGGAGUGGGGAGGCCAAUGGUUCGAGAUCGCACGCCAUUUACCCAAGGACGAUUUCGAAUAUUUGAGGAGCUUGCCUUUGACGCUGAGGUUGGAAGGGUUGGAUCUCGUUCUUGUGCAUGCUGGAUUGGGUGAAUUUUGAGUCGCAUUCCAAGGCGUGCUCACCUGGCUAUUGACUGACAUGUCUACGCAUGACUCGCAGUACCAGCCCAGUCACCUCAUACACCACUUUCGACGUAUGCCCUCACUCAAUCACCCGCCACAUCGCUCAGUUCCCAAUCCGACCUCUCCUUCAAGCCCCUCUCCUCAGUCCCAACCGAAUCCAUCCCUUCCACCCUCCAAAUCGAACAAAAUACCCUCCCUUUCACAAUGCUCAACCUCCGCACUUUGCAAUUGCCCAAGAGGGGUAAGGGUGAUUACGGCGUGAGCAAAGGGAAGAAACACGGGACGCCUUGGUCCGAGGUAUGGAAUGAGGUGAUGAAGACGUGUAAGGAGUCGGCGUCGGUGUAUUCGAGCAAGGAGGAAGGGGACGAAGAAGGGGACGAAAACGUCAAAAAGGGGUGCGAGCCUUUGAACGUUAUCUAUGGCCACUGGGCAGGGAGGGGUUUGGACAAACAAGACUAUUCGAUCGGUCUGGACUCGGGUUGCGUAUAUGGCAGAAGAUUAAGCGCGUUCGUUUUUCCCUUAUCGGGAGCGGAGGAGGCGGGUGGAGCGAAGGAAGGGAAGUGGAGGGUUAUUGAGGGGUUCGAUUCGGGUGCUCGGAUUGGUGACGCGGGCCAGACAGUUGGGAGUGGGAGGUGGAGGAAGCUGGAAAAAGGGUUCGAUUCGGGCGUUCAGCAUUCGGCUCGGGCUCGGGAGAGCUUGGGAGUACGCCAGGGAAAGAGGCCGGUCAUCACUGCCGUAGAGAAGUUGUCCGAGGAGGGGACGGCGGAAGCCGCUGCCGAUGCGGACGAGGGGGUCAAAGAAGCGAGCGACGAGGACGACGAGGGAGAUGCACAAGUCCAAAAACAGGACGUUGAGUUCUUGGGUCGAAGAGGGGCCAAGAUCGUCAGUGUGUCUUGUGCGAAGGAGGUGCAGAAGUUCUGA